AUGGCCACUUCAAAGCAGCCGGCUGCCACACCAGCAACCAUGCUUUAUACUCGACUCAAACGUAUCGGUAAAGGUGCAUAUGGCUCUGUAUACAAAGGGAUCAACAACAAGACAAAACAAAUUGUUGCCAUUAAAGUACUCAACUUGGAUACCGAAGAAGACGAUGUUGACGACAUUCAAAAUGAGAUUGCCCUCUUAACGCAGCUUACGCACGCCAAGUCCCAGAAUAUCACCCCGUACUAUGGCAGUAUUUUGAACGAUACAAAACUAUGGAUCAUCAUGUAUUAUGCCGCUGGCGGGAGUAUACGAACCAUCAUGAAAGCGGGCAAUAUCGAAGAGAGGUACCUUGCGGUGAUCGUUCGGGAAGUCCUAUUGGCUUUGUCCUACUUGCAUAACAAUCAUAUUAUUCACCGAGAUAUCAAAGCUGCAAACAUCUUAUUGACGGCAGAAGGAAACGUACAGCUUUGUGAUUUUGGAGUCGCAGGACAAACAACGGUUAAUUCACUCAAGCGUAACACCUUUGUAGGAACACCAUACUGGAUGGCACCAGAAGUCAUCCGCGAGGGCUCAUCAUAUGAUUACAAGGCAGACAUGUGGUCGCUAGGUAUUACUGUUUUCGAAAUGGCUUCAGGGAAUCCGCCCUUGGCCAAUAUCGAUCCCAUGCGUGCAAUUAUCAUGAUCCCAAAGUCAAGACCGCCACGAUUACCAGACAAUUUCUCAGCGUCUAUCCGCGAAUUUGUGGAUCUAUGUCUGUGCGAGGAACCAAAUGAGCGACCAAGCGCGGAUGACUUGAUGAAAACCAAAUUUAUAAAAGGCUCUAGUAAGGUGUCAAAGAUCACAUUGAAAGAGCUGAUUACGCGGUAUGAGCAAUGGAAAAAGCAGAACCAAAAUACUCGGCGUAAUAGUGUCGCAUCGGAUGAUCUAAGUGGCAGGUACUAUAGAUAUCUAUAA